GCUUUUAGUGCCUCUAGCUUCGGUGAUACCUGCCUGGCCCACUUACUCACCUACAACCGGUUUGCCGAUGGAGUUCUUGGUAUGUCUUGGAUGGCUUCUCCAGAGCUGCACCAUCAAGGGGGCAUCUGCUCCAAACCACGUGGGUUUAGUCUUUUCUAUUCUUUUGGAGUUUUUUGGAGACAUAGUUACACGUAG